UUUCAGUUGGAGGAACGCAUAUUUAGCAUCACCUACAUAUACUACAGUCGUGCUUGGAAAAAUUGCUAAAGAGGGAACCAAGAUCCAAACUUUAUAAACCUCGAAGAUGUUUGCCAUCCGUAAACAAAGUUCUUGCAAGCAGACUUUUCAAGUAUAAAUAUGUCCAUAAAAGCACUUUAAUCUGUAAUUCUUUUAAUAAUUUUCGAUAAUAACACUCUAUUAUGAAAUUUGUUACAACACUUUUUGCUUUUUAUAUUGCCUUAGCUUUGGCUACUGUAUCUCCUGAAUUAACUGUUCACAAUUUGGUAAGGAUAAUGAAGCGAGAUGCAUGUUCGGGAGUUUGUCGAAAAGUGGAUACCCAGCUUAAGCCAUGUGCACCUAAUUAUCCUCAUUUCGACACUAAGGAAUUUACUAAGUGUGCCUGCAAGAAGGAUGACAAAUUCUUUUCUGAUUUGGUUGAUUGUGCUCAGAACUGUGACCAGACUCCUAGUAUCUAUGAACAGUACUUGGAUGAUCCUAAAAAGGUAAAAUUGCAGAUAUGUAAGGCUGCUGGUAUUAGCUUAAAUGAUACAACGACGGAAACUACAUCCACUACUAAAAAUGGUGCAUCUGUUUUAGGUGUUCCAUUCAUUGUUUUGGUGGGGUUUGCCUUGAUUUAAUUGUUCAAGAACUAAAUUUAAUUGAUAUGGAAUUCUAUAAAUAUGAUUUGAUUAAUAUAUAAUUAUGCCAUCAAAUUCCCACAUAAAUUGAUUUCAAUUUGAGAUUUAACUUUGUUCACUUUGAAGUGUUCUAUCAAAGGAAUUUUGUAAUUCUCACCUUUGUUUUGGGUUAAUAAUUAUAUAUUAUACACAAAUUCAUUCUCAUAUUCAAUUCUCUUGAAAUAUCGAGCCAUGUUAUUUCUGUGUGGUAAAAAUAGACAAUACACAUGCAUCUUAUCAAUAUGUGAACGUUAAGCUACUACAUUGCAUGCCCAAUUUUCCUAGUCAUGACUCACUACAGGUUGAAAAAUGCGCCUACAACUUGGAUGUCGCUUUAUUUUCCAAGCACAUUGAAUGUGUCAAGAAUUGUGUCAAGUUUUCAAAUAUCAAUCAUUGUACAAGUAGUAGUUGUUCUAAUUCAGUUGUGGCUGAUUGUAUUCUGAUUGAUGCAAUUGCAGGCAUAUUGUCUAAAUUAAUCUUUAAAUUGUAUCGGGAUUUUGUUAAAAUUCUGACUUUUUUUUUGAAAGUAUUUUUAUACCAGCUGGCCCCAAGUAAAUCAAAAUAUAAAUAGACCUUAUUAUGCAC